GCUCACUCUGGGAGAUUCUUCUCUCUCUCAAAUUUUCAAGUUCUCGAAAGCGCCAUUGAUAAGAGGAAGCUUUGGGGAGAUUUUGGACGAAGGAAAUGAGUAGGCGAUGAGCUGGUGUUCUCUCCUCCCUUCGAUCCAGAUAGCGAUGUCCGUCGUUAUCUCCCCCUACGAAGUAGGAAGCCAAACUAAAAUUCUCAAAACCCCCUGUUUUUUUUUUUAAAAAAAAAAGGGGAAGAAAAGAUAAAUCCACAGAGAAAAAGUUGGAGACGUGUACGACAAUCUUGGUUGGAGUUCCACCACGUGGGCGACUUUGUUGCAAAAACCCUAAUGGCUACCUGGGGUUUUUAAAGCCUCCCAACUUUUUUCAUGCUUCUCACCUGAAACUCUCUGCUCCCUUUUAUUUGGUGUAGAAUUUAGGUAAAAGGUUGGAUUUUGGGUUCUGGGUCUUGCAGAAAUUUGAGGGUUUUGCUCUGGUUCUUGGAUUAGAGCUCUGAGAUCGAAAGUAAAUUUUUUCAGAAAAUGGUCACUAGAACAGUUGUAGACCUUCGAUCUGACACUGUCACCAAGCCCUCUGAAGCAAUGCGGGCUGUGAUGGCGACCGCCGAGGUCGAAGAUGAGGUUUUAGGCUUCGAUCCCACAACCCACUUGUUAGAGUCUGAGAUGGCGAAGGUUACAGGGAAAGAAGCAGCCCUUUUUGUGCCCUCGGGCACAAUGGGGAACCUGAUAUCGAUCAUGGUUCACUGUGAGAUUAGAGGGAGUGAGAUCAUACUUGGUCAUGAUUCACAUAUACAUGUUUAUGAGAAUGGAGGGAUAUCUACAAUUGGAGGCGUGCACCCGAGAACAAUCAAGAACAAUCCUGACGGUACCAUGGACCUGCGUGCGAUCGAAGCAGCAAUUAGGCAGCCUGCGGAUGUGGUUUACUACCCAACGACGAGGUUAAUUUGUUUGGAGAAUACACAUGCUAACUGCGGCGGGAGAUGUAUCUCUGUAGAAUAUACAGACAAAGUAGGAGAGCUGGCAAAAAAGCAUGGUUUGAAGCUCCAUAUUGAUGGUGCACGUAUUUUUAAUGCUUCUGUUGCAAUGGGUAUUCCAGUUCACAGGCUUGUAGAAUCUGCUGAUUCUGUUUCGAUAUGCUUGUCAAAAGGUUUGGGUGCUCCAGUUGGAUCUAUUAUUGUUGGAUCAGAAAGUUUUAUUGCCAAGGCUAGAAGGCUUAGGAAAACCUUAGGUGGAGGGAUGAGACAAGUUGGAGUUCUGACUGCUGCAGCUUAUGUUGCUCUAAGAGAUAAUGUAAGCAAGCUUGAGGAUGAUCACAGGAAGGCAAAGAUACUUGCAGAUGGACUGAGUCAAAUCAAACAACUAUCUGUAGAUACAACCUCAGUGGAAUCAAAUAUGGUAUUUUUUGAUAUCAUAGGAAGCUCAGCUAUAUCACCUGAAAGGCUUUGCGAAGUCUUGGAAAAACAUGGGGUCCUUGCAAUGCCAGCAAGCUCAACUAGUGUCCGGCUGGUUCUCCAUUAUCAGAUCUCAGAGACCGAUGUUCAGUAUGCCCUGACAUGCAUAAAGCAAGCUGUUCAUCAGAUAUCAAACGGAGUUAUGCCAAAACAAGAUGCAUAAGUCAUCAAUUAUCCCUCCGUUCUUCUCGCAAAUCUCACUUAUUUCAAGUUAAACUUGUGCAAAAUUUCCAUUCUCUAAUUCUAAAAGAUCAAUGUGUGUGUUAGUUCAGAACCAUCUUCAGCUUUGUUAUUCCAAUGAGAAAAGUUUCUUACCCAUCAUCCAUAUUCUCUGUGA